AUGGUUUCGGAGCCUAUCACUUCUAAUCCUAAGACUUCGUUUGAAUCGAACACUACAAAGGCGAACGCAGUUAUCACCAGUCUUGGAUCUACCCUUCGGACUGAGAAAGAUGCUCUUGAGCAAGUUCUCACCAGCAUUCAGUCAACAAAUACAGAGUUUCAAUCCUCCCUCUCUUCCAAGAUAGAAAAACUUCAUGAAGACUUCGCUAUGGAAAAUAAAAUCAUGGACGACCUUGCAGUCAAAACAGAGAAGGUGAAGGUUUUAUACGUCAAGCUCAACCAUGCUAACAAGCGUAUUGAAGAUCUUCUAUCUGAAAAGGUUGUAAUGAAGAGUUGUAUUACCGGUGUGAAUUCCUUACUCUUGAAUAUAAUUGAGACUAUUGAUUCUCUAAUCACGAUCACUGUUCGGAAGCAUUUGGCUGAAAAACAUAGGUCGGUGUUCAUAAUGUUGAACAGACUUGAGGGUGUUUCAAAGUCGGUAGCACCUCCAAAACAGGGGGGAGAACAAAGCAAAUCCUUUGGUGCUUAG